AUGGAGAUAGAAAUGGAGGCGAGAGUGAAAGCACUAAGCUACAAAGUGAAAGGAAUGUCAAGAGAAUCUCCUUCUCAAAAAGCCUCUCAUGUCCUCGAUGCUGACCUUCGCUCUCACUGGUCUACUGCCACCAACACCAAAGAGUGGAUCCUUCUUGAACUUGAUGAACCUUGUUUGUUAUCGCAUAUACGAAUAUAUAACAAGUCGGUACUUGAAUGGGAAAUUGCAGUUGGUUUACGUUAUAAGCCAGAGACGUUUGUUAAAGUUCGGCCACGAUGUGAAGCACCUCGUCGUGAUAUGAUUUACCCUAUGAACUACACUCCAUGCCGCUAUGUCCGGAUAUCUUGCUUACGGGGAAAUCCCAUAGCCAUUUUUUUCAUUCAGCUGAUUGGGGUUCCUGUGGCUAGUCUUGAACCGGAGUUUCUACCAGUUGUUAAUCACUUGUUGCCAAACAUUACAUCACACAAGCAAGAUGCUCAUGAUAUGCAUCUUCAGUUGCUUCAAGACAUAACAAACCGUUUGCAUGUCUUCCUUCCCCAACUUGAGACAGACUUAACCAGCUUCUUAGAUGCUCCUGAGCAAAACUUACGUUUUCUUGCUAUGCUUGCGGGUCCAUUGUAUCCAAUACUUCAUAUUGUGAAUGAAAGAAUUGUGGCCUGUGCUUUCGGGAAUGGGCUUAGAAGUGUCCCGAUUCUCUUUGACCUCUUGUACACUUAUGAAUUUCAGUCCUCGAAUUAUACCCCAGUUGAGCUGAUCAUUAUGGUUUGGAGACUAGUAAAGCAAGAAACAGCAAGGUCUUCAGGCAAUAUCUCUGAUCCUGAUGUUCCUAAGAACAAUCAACCAUCAUCUUCCUUAACUGUUUCUUCUAACUUUGAGCCGAGAAGAUCACGGAGCUCGUCUUCAUUUAUCUCAUCCACUUCCAGUUCCAUGGUAUUCCGACCUGAUGCGAUUUUUGUGCUGCUGAGAAAGGCAUAUAAAGAAUCUGAUCUGGGCACUAUUUGCAGAAUGGUGUCUAGAAUCCUGCAUAAGCUUAUAGAGCCUGUUGCAGUGCAAGAAACAUCAACCCCUGCCAGUGAAGUUACCUCUGUUAUGGAGGAGACAUCAAAAUCUGAAUUAUCUAAUCCUGUUCCUCUUCUUGAUUACUCAAGCUUGUUUGGAGAAGAAUUCCAGAUACCUGAUGAUAACUGGGACUCCAGCAUUCUUAGUGUCCUUGAUAUAGGGGCAGUGGAAGAAGGCAUUUUACAUGUUCUUUAUGCUUGUGCGUCACAGCCUUUGCUUUGCUGCAAAUUGGCAGAGAGCACUUCUGAGUUUUGGUGUGCUUUACCCCUUGUCCAGGCAUUGCUUCCAGCUCUUCGUCCAUCUGUGAGCAGCCUUGGUGAUAAUUUUGAUGACAACUUUUCUCCAUGGAAACAGCCUUUUGUGCAGCAAGCCCUUUGUCAGAUUGUAGCUACAUCGUGUUCGACAUUAUACCGCCCACUCCUUCAUGCUUGUGCUGGAUAUUUAUCAUCAUUUUCACCAUCACAUGCUAAGGCUGCAUGCAUUCUAAUUGAUCUGUGUUCGGGUGUCCUAGCUCCUUGGAUGGCUCAGGUCAUUGCAAAGGUUGGUGUUGCACCUGUAGUUGACCUAGCUGUAGAGCUUCUAGAGGACCUUCUGGGCACAAUUCAGGGUGCUCGUCAUUCCUUGGUUCGAGCCCGUGCUGCCAUCAAAUAUAUUGUGCUGGCUCUUUCUGGGCACAUGGAUGAUAUACUAGGGAAGUAUAAGGUACACUGUCACGUUUCAGUGGUUUUGUGUUACUUGUUUGUGAUGUAG